AUGGUUGUCACCAAGGGGCUCCCGGACCCUCCCGGCCGCGGCGACCAGGAGGCCAAGGCCCGGGACCGGCCCCCGAGCGAGGGCGACGAGCCUUCCGCCGAGGCGCAGCAGACCGGCUUUCUUGGGUCCACCCUGAAGGUCCUCAAAUUCAUCGCCGAGCAAUGGCUGAUCAUAGGGUUCGGUCUUGCCUGUCUGUUUGGGUAUUUGUGGCCCGAUGUCGCAUCCAAGGGUGGAAUAAUUAGGUCCGAGUACAGCGUCCUGUAUGGCUCGGUGGCUAUCAUAUUCUUCGUCAGUGGGCUACAAUUAUCGCCAGAGAAGCUCCGCAUGAACCUCUUCAACUGGAGGCUGCACAUCCUCACCCAGGGCAUCAGUUUCAUAGUGAUACCGCUUAUUUGGCUAGCCAUCAUGUGGAUCAUCAUCGCCGCCGACGGCACAAAGACCAUCGAGCCGGCCAUCCUGGUGGGCAUGCUCGUGCUCAGCUGCCUCCCGACGACCAUCGCCUCCAACGUCGUCAUGACCCGUAACGCGGGCGGCGACGACGCCGCGGCCAUCAUCGAGGUCGUCAUCGGCAACGUCUUCGGCUCCUUCCUCUGCCCGGGCCUCAUCUACAUCUUCAUCCCGACCGUGGCCGAGUUCGGGGACUGGGCGCCCUCGGACGCCUCGGGCAUCCCCGAGAUGUACAGGCACGUCGCCAUGCAGCUGGGGCUGAGCGUCCUCGUCCCGAUAGCGCUGGGGCAGACGCUCAGGAUCCUUUUUAAGAAGAGGGUCCUCUGGGCGCUGGACACGUUCUGCCUGGCUAAGGUGUCGACCUUCUUCCUGUGUACGCUGGUGUGGUCCACAUUCUCCAACGCCUUUAAGACAGGUGCCAUCAAGAGGCUCCCCACGCAGUCGAUCCUCUUCAACGUCUUCAUGAACGUGGGCCUGUACGCGCUUUUCACGGGCGUCUGCUUCGUCGCCGCGCGGCCCCCGCACAGGCUGGUCGUCGCCUUCGAGACGCGCGCGGCGCAGCGGUACAUCCCCCGCCCGGUCCGGCGGGUCGUCGCGCCCAAGCAGAUGUCCAAGGAGCAGACGGUGGCCGUGUGCUUCUGCGGCGCGGCGAAGACCACUAGCGUCGGGAUCCCGCUCGUGGCGGCCAUGUGGCACUCCAAGGGCGCCGACACCCAGGCCACCCUCGCGAUACCCGUCCUGCUGUACACCAUGGAGCAGGUCUUCCUCGCCCAGGUCCUCGUCUACGUCUUCCGGUGGUACCUGCGGCGCGGGGAGACGCACAAGGAGAGCAUGGACAUGGAGGCGCUGCGGGCGCGCCGCCCCGGCGGCUGGAGGAUGUUGAUGGGGCGGUUGAUCAGAGGGCCCACGACGGCGGCGGAGGUGGGACCAGAUUUACUGGUGAUGGUGGGGUGA